AUGGCUCUUUAUUCUGGGAACCUUGACAAUGCGACAAAAACACCUGGAUGGAAUUGGGUCAAACAUGCAGCCAUAAUCCUCGAUGAUGAUGAAAUUCUUCAUAAAAUAUUUUCUAUGCUGUUUGGAUUUGCUCUUCAGGCAGGUGUUGAAACCAUUCCGAGUAUUCUUCGAGUAUUCGUCAAAGCGAUGCUCCUUCACCCAGAUUGCAUUACCAAGGCUCAGGCAGAGAUGGAUGGAGUUGUCGGGAAUGAUCGUCUCCCUGCUUUCAAUGACUGGACCCAGCUGACCUACGUGAAUUGA